AUGCGUUUCACGCCACUCUUUUUCGCGGCCCUUGCAGGCGCUGUGCCGCAGUUCGGCAACAACCAGCGCUUCACGAUGCUACGAUUUGGCUGCGCUCAAAGCGUCAUUGAUCGUAUUGAUCCUCUCGUGAACCCAGGUCUCGCACCUUCACCACAUAUGCACCAGAUUGCAGGUGGUAACGCGUUCAAUACCACGAUGCCGAGUACAGAUAUUUCGAAAAUAGCCAGCUGCACUACGUGUGGGUAUAGUGAAGAUUUGAGUAAUUACUGGACAGCGAAUGUCUAUUUCAAAGCAAGGAAUGGGACGUACAAACGUGUUCCACAGGUGCCAAACCGCGACCUCUUCAAUGACAAGUACACUGGCAAGACCACUGGUGGUUUCGUAGUAUACUACGUUUCUGGUAGCAAAGGCGAUGUUACAGCGUUCAAGCCGGGAUUCCGCAUGCUCGUCGGCGACGCAGCAAACCGUGUAUCCAGAAACCGCAAGUCCCAGACUUGCUUCCGAUGCUACACCGGACCCAAUUUCGGAGGUGACAACGCUGCACCGUGCCAGGACGCCAAACUCGACACAGAAGGAUUCCCUACUACACCCUGUCCAGGUGGUAUCCGAAGUAACAUUCUUUACCCCACAUGCUGGGACGGCGUCAACCUCGACUCACCAGAUCACAAAUCGCACGUCGCAUAUCCGACAAACGGACCUGCCUUAUUCACCGGUACCAGCACAGGUGGAGCUUGUCCAUCCAGCCACCCCGUUAGAAUCCCACAACUCAUGCUUGAGAUCGUCUGGGACACAUCCAAAUUCAACAACAAAGCCGACUGGCCCGCUGAUGGUUCCCAGCCCUUUGUCCUCAGCACAGGUGAUAAAACAGGGUACGGCCAGCACGGCGACUACGUGUUUGGGUGGAAAGACGAUUCCCUCCAGAAGGCCAUGGAUGAUGCGAAAGGCUGUAUGGGAGCGAAUUGUGGAAGCUUGAAGACGCAGCAGCCAGCUGAUGGGAAUAAGUGUGUUGUUCCAAAUCGGGUUCCCGAAGAACGGGAUGGGUGGAUGAAGGCGCUGCCGGGGAUGGAUGGCAUGCCUAUGGAGUAA